AGCAUGAAGAGGGUUUUUGAUAGACAACACACAGAAAGCCGGUGUUUUAUUGGACUUCUGAAAGAAACAAGGACCCAUGGCUGUUAGAGGAAUGAAACUGUCAAGUGUGUGUUUUCUGCUUUUAUAUUUGAUAUCGACAGUACUGGCCGGGAAGGAUUUCUACAAAAUUCUGGGUGUCAGUAGAUCAGCAUCAAUUAAAGAUGUAAAGAAAGCCUACAGAAAGUUGGCACUGCAGCUUCAUCCAGACAGAAAUCAAGAUGACCCAAAUGCCCAAGACAAAUUUGCAGACCUUGGAGCUGCUUACGAGGUGCUCUCAGAUGAGGAGAAAAGGAAACAAUAUGACACAUAUGGAGAGGAGGGCUUAAAGGAGGGCCAUCAUAGUUCACAUGGUGAUGUAUUCUCCAGUUUCUUUGGGGAUUUUGGAUUUAUGUUCGGUAGAAACUCGCAGCCAGCUGGCCGGGAUAUUCCAAGGGGUAAUGACAUAGUACUGGACCUUGAAGUGACCCUAGAAGAGGUGUAUUCUGGGAAUUUUGUUGAGGUGGUACGAAACAAACCUGUUGCAAAAGAAGCACCAGGAAAAAGGAAAUGCAAUUGCCGUCAGGAAAUGAGAACCACACAACUAGGACCAGGUCGCUUCCAGAUGACACAGGAGGUAGUGUGUGAUGAAUGCCCCAAUGUCAAACUUGUAAAUGAGGAGAGAACACUAGAGGUGGAGAUCGAGCAGGGUGUGAGAGAUGAGAUGGAAUACCCUUUCAUGGGGGAAGGCGAACCUCAUAUUGAUGGUGAACCAGGAGAUCUGCGUUUCCGUAUCAAAGUCUUAAAGCAUCCUGUGUUUGAGCGCAGAGGUGACGACCUUUACACAAAUGUCACCAUCUCUCUGGUAGAGGCUCUUGUCGGUUUUGAUAUGGACAUCACUCAUCUAGAUGGUCACAAGGUGCACAUUGUGAGGGAUAAAAUCACUAAGCCAGGAGCUCGUCUCUGGAAGAAGGGUGAGGGCCUGCCAAAUUUUGACAACAUCAAUAUCCGCGGGUCACUCAUAGUCACCUUUGAUGUAGACUUCCCCAAAGAGCAGCUUGAUGACCAGCAGAAAGACGGUAUAAGGCAGCUGCUGAAACAAACACAAUCUCAAAAGAUUUAUAAUGGACUGCAGGGAUACUGACAAACAGCCAACUAAAUCAGGAAUGAUUGCCCUGUUCAUGUCUGCCCUAUACACACACAUACACUCAUUUAAAUACACACUGACGAACAAACAGUGGGGGUGUAUUUAUUUUUGUCAAAUUCUUCUCAGGAUUGGUUAACUUUAAUGUUUUUAUUUAAUUUUUUUUAGUUUUUUUUUUUCAACUUUUUCUAUUUUUAAAAGCAUUGUUUUCUCAUGGAAUGUUAAUGGAAAGUAUUUUUAUUUGAGGAGGUGUUUUUGUUCAAAUUUAUUAUUAUUUUUCCAUAUACAGUUCCAAGUUUUAUACCUUUACUAAGUUGUUCAAGACAUUUUUCAUCAGUUUGAGUGACUACACACACUUCUUGCUGUGGCCAGUCAACAAUCAUCCAAUCAUGGAUCAGCAUAAUGUUUAGUGGCACUUGUUCUGCAUCAGUUAAGAGACAUACUACAAAAACUGCAAAUACAGAAAGAGGACUUCAAACCAGAGGACAAAUUAAAUACCUGCCUCAGCACUAUCUUCAUGGCCCUCUGUUAAGAAAGAAACCGUUAUACUUUAUUAAUGUGUUUCAAACUGUCUCAACCUAGACCCUUCAGUCUUUUGUGUGCUUAUUUUAAAGAAUGGAUUUAUCACUGUUGUUGCAGUUGUUUUUUUUUUUGUAAUGAACAGCUGCUAUCCAUAUAUUUUAGUCUGUGCUGCUCCAGUUAUUGUCAGCUUGGUUCAGUUAUGCCUUUAGGUUACAGGUCUGUUUCCUCUGAGGCAUUUACUUGGUUUUGAAGUUCAAAAAGUAGGCCUCCUCAAUUGUUAAGUUCUGUUUUUUUUUUGUAAAAUGUACCUCACUUUCUUCUUCCCUUCACAACCCCUCUUGAUGUUCAGCCCACUGGGUCUCAUCCCAGUUGCUCACUUUUCUUCGUAUUUUUGUGGACUGCACCAGACAAAAAAGAACAACUUCUUAUAUCAUCUUGUGCCCAAUUGAAGAAAAAUAUGUUUGUAAUUUUCAAAUGAAAAUUAAAAGUUUCUAAUUAUGGUUC